AUGAGUGAUUUAAGCAAAUUGUCUGUUGAAAAACUACAAAAAUUAAAGGAUGAAAUUAACGGAAUCUUAAUGGCCCCAGUUUCCAAUGAACAAAAUGGCUGCAAAGAUGGAAAUGGUCAACCCUCUGUUCUCCAAGCAAAUGAUGACUCUUUAUCCGAUGAUGAGCUGGAUGCUAUUCUCAAUCAACGAAGUCCUUCUUACAAUUUCAUCCAGGAUGAAAUUGAAUUUACUGAAGUUGAUGAGAAUUUUCCCAUGGCUUGUGGAGAGUCGAACCAAUACGCUCAGGAGUCGAACGAAUAUGCUCAACAAUCGAAUCAGACGCCAACUUUGGAAGCUGUUGUGACAUCAAGGAUGAACAGAACACAUUUGGUGAUAGAUGAUGGUCGUCGAUCUGAAUAUAAAAAAUCAUUUUCUACGAAGAAAAAAUUUGUUUAUCAAUGCUGUAAGCUGUCUCCUGAUGGCAAAGCUUGUCCGAAAAAAUACGAUGUCAGCAUCGAUCCUGCCCUGACAUUUAUGAAUGUGAAGAAGAGAAAAAAUGACAAACAACAAUCCUACUUGGACAUCAAUCCAAAUGUCAAUAAAAGCAUUCUCUUCGACAAGGCCUUCUACAAGCUCGUUCCAAAUCCAGCUCAAGAAAAAGUUCGUCAUACCUGCGUUAGCAAUGAUGAUGAUCCCAAUAAUGAAAAUAUGGAGAAAGAAAUUACUACGAAGAUUAAAGCUUAUCUUUACGAUAACUUUCAAGCACUCCGAUUUUCAAGUCCUAACAGUAUCAAGCGACAAAUAUUGGAGCUUCUUUCUCAUGACUAUACUUAUGAUGAGCUUGUUGCGAAUUUCCCGAAUCAACAAAAAUGGGAACAAUUAUAUCGAUAUUAUCGUGAAGCCAAUUCCCCUGUGCGGGAAGCACUGGAGAGCAUCGAAGAUUUCGAAUUCAACCCAGAGGAUUUUUUGGUUAAUUCAAGAACAAUUAUUCAUAAAGAAGGGGCCGACUUAUACUUCUACGAUGAAGAAACAAUUAAACAGUGCAUUGAUAUUUCUGUAAUUCAAGCAGGUGUGUGA